CAUAAAAAGGCGAGAAAUAGCGAUCCGAUAAGAACAAAUGCAACGAAGCUACCAAGCGUGAAGGUUAAGCAGCCGAGAGAACAACAUACUGACGCUUUCGUUACGCGUUAUUUACAUAACCCACAAGAGUGUUUACGGGUAGAUUUUGGUCGGGAUCCGGCAGAGUUUCCAUCCUCAGCCGGGUUUCGCCCAUUUUCUUCCAACACCCAUUUUCAAGUUCAAUUGAAUUUUCAUCCAAUUUGGCUGAAAAAUUGUAAGAAAGGAAAUAAAAUGAAAGGAUUCAGUGGUCUUGUUGCAUCAUUUCUUGCUGUUUCUACUUUCCCUCUUCUCUCUUUUCCCUCUCAAUUUCAGGAAAAAUCGUCAUUUGGGGAAAAAUCAUCAAUUGGGAAGGAGCAAUUCACGCCCAGAUUUGAUGGGUUAAGGUUUAUUGAAACCCUAAUUACUGCUCAUCGAUGAUACCCUAGUAAUUUCCUUCCUUUUUGGUCUAAUUUGGUGGCUGUGGUUCGAUGAGUAUUAACCUUGUGCUAUUAGAGUGAUUCUUCACAAUAUUGGGGGUGUUUGGUACAUGGCUUUUAGCUUAGCUUUUUGGUUGGUUUUUGAUUUUGGUUUGUUGGUCGGUCAAGUAAAAUAAAAUGUGCGGUAAAUGACUUUUAAAGCAGCCGUAAAGUGUUUGGUUUGUUGGUCCAACCAGCUUUUUUAGUUGGUUUUUGAUUAUUAGCCCACUGUUUCUUUAAUAAACGGCUAACAAUCAAUACUCAAAUUUACCAAACCAACUCCGUAAACAAUCGGCUUUUUCAGCUUGCUUGAAAGUCUACAAAACAGCCAACAUUUCCGGCUGAUUAAACAAGCCAACUAAAAAGCCAAUUGCCAACGGCCAAUUGCGAAACACCCCAAUUGUCUAAUGGAACGAUAUUUUUUGGCGGCUUUUAGGAUGAUGUAAUCUUUUUUCUUCAUUAUUAUCAUUAUUAUUCAAAUAUUAGUGUAUCACACAAAAAUGUAUUGUACUUUGUAUUGUGAUUGAAUUUUAUUGUUAUUGGGUGAAAAUACAAUUCUUGCUGCUCUUCAUGUUGGUAAUACAAU